GGUUCCAGGUGACCAGAGUACUUCUCACAGUGAUUACGUCCGUAAGUGGAGAAGUAGGAUGCAAGAGGCAUACAGACUGGCAUCAGAAACAGCCCAGAAAGAGAGGAACAGAGCGAAAAAGCAGUAUGAUCGGAAGGCUCAUGGAGUGGAACUGCAACCGGGAUGUCGGGUGCUAGUACGGAACUUCAGAGAUCGGGGUGGGCCCGGAAAGCUAAGGUCUUACUGGGAGGAACGAGUACAUGUCGUGUUAGAAAGAAAGCACAAAGAUAGCCCUGUCUAUGCCGUACAGCCAGAGAGAGGACCAGGGAAAGUGAGAGUUCUGCACAGGAACCUCCUACUGCCCUGUGACUUUCUCCCCGUCCAGGAGGAGAAGCUGGAGAAAAACAAGAAUGGGAAGGAGGAUGCCAAACAACAAAGAAAAGGAAAGACCCAAGAAAAGCAGCAGGAGAGUGACCACGACAGCGGUUCAGAGGAUGAGGGUGACUGGGGAAUUAUCACCACACAAGCUGCGGAAUCACCCACCCAGAUCAGGAGUCAGCUGAGGGCAGAGGCAGAGGAGUUCCAGCCAGAAGAAGCUAACGGAGAACUGUCAAGUGGUGGUGUCAGCAGCGAGUGCCUAGACGAGGGUGGAAAAGGUGGACUGGAGUCAAGUGCAGAGGAGGAAGAGGCAGGGCGAAGUGAGCUGUCUGGGGAGGAGAACAGAAGAAGUCAAGGACAGGUGUCGUCAUCUGAUGAAGAAGACGAGGGAGAGCCCAACUCACAGCCAGUUCCCACAAGAAAGUAUCCUUUCCGAUGCAGAAAUCCACCCAAGACAUUCACGUAUGACACCUUAGGUCAGCCAUCAGUCAUAAACAGACACAAGUGAUGUCCACAGCUAAGAGGAAAAAACUAAGUUCAUUGUCACAUGUUGAGUUUACUGUGGUGACAGUUUAAACAGAAAGGGAAGUGUUCACAGUAGCAAAUGUUAAAAAGAGCAAAUUUGACAGAGCAACAACUGCAUGUAUUUGUUUAAUAGUUCACAUGAGUUAAACAGGGAAUACCAGAACCAGACUAGCUACACAUAGAGAGAUACUGGCUUGUAUGUGAGAUAUACAGCAGUAAAUGUGUGUCUGUGUAAAAGGUUACAUGGUAGAGUGAUAGGUCUACACCUUCAGCCGGAUACAGAGCACGCCUGAGUGGCGGAGAGACUUUACAGACAUUGCCUGGCCAGUAGUGUCUGUUGCUGGUACAUGACAUGAAGGGGGAGAUGUAUGUCAUGCCAAAGACUGUUACCGGACAGAACGUAUCUUGAGAGGCUGACUCCCAGUGAAGCUACUGCUGUAACCUUCUGUUGAAGACAUGCAUUCUGGAAAAAAUCUCUAAUGUCAGGAUGACAUUCAUUUUUGGAGGGGAGAGUGUGGGACUCAUGUAAUGGGUGGGCACAGAUGGAAGUAUUGUAAUAGAUAUUGCCCCCCCUCCAUAAUCUCAUGCAUUCUUAUCAUUGUUAUGUUAUGCGUUCAGUUCUGUAUUACUAUUUCUGACACAUACUGUGAUAACUGGCAAUAUAGCUAGGAUACUCUGAUCAAUGAUGAUUCCCACGGGUGGUGCUCACGCAGGCACUGAAACGGGCAGCUUCGGGCUCACGCAGGCACUGAAUCGGGCAGCCUUGGGGUCCUGUGUGUUCUACUGCACAGAUAGCCUGCAGAGCGCAGCUACGCUGAACUGAAGUGCUUGUGUUUUGUAUUUGCAGUUGCAAAAGAGCAAGUAAAGAGAACGAUUCUG